CUUGUAGGAUCUUGCAUCUCCGUUUCAACUCCCGUCCCGUUCACCUUCACUGUACUUUGCUUUCCCUUCCAUCAAGCCCCCUCCUUGCCCCUCUCUUCAGCGUCUCUACCUAAUCGUACCCAACCGACGGUCUAUCCGCAGAAGGAUACAGUGACUCUGACCCUGGAGCCACUCCUCCCCGCCACGGAAUCAGUCAAUCAAACUUCUCCAUACAGUACCGUACCUACUACGCAAUACCGUGCGGCAACCGACACAGAUUACGGUGCCCACCCCGCCAACCCCUCAUCAUUCCAGCGCUUAUCAAGCACCGCCGUCCUACAUUUCUCUCUUCGCCCUACCUUAUCCAUCCUUCGCCCGCCCAGCAAAAAGUCCUCACAACAAACUCUCAAGAAACCUCUUUGUUGUUCGACCGCUUCUCUUCACCUCUCGACGGCUCCUUUUCUCCUCCAUCGUCCUCAAACAAACCGACUACACCAGAAGACGCACCGCCGAAUCAAGUGCCCGCUCGCAACGAGUUGACCCAUUCUCCAAAAUGGCGCCCUCCGUCGUUACCCUCGACACCACCUCCGACUUCGACUUUACCCCCUCCUCUGUCACAACCGCCACGACAACACCUGCGAAGCGCACCCUCCUCCUCGCCCCCCCCUCCAUAGCCUCCCACCCCCACAAGCUCCAGACCCUUCUGGCCUCCCACGAUCGCGCCACCACAGACCUGCAGAUGCUCGACCGCCUCUCGGCCGGCCACGUCUCCCUGCCCCAGUCCGCCUACGACCUCGUCCUCGUCCUCACCGACGCCGACGGUUCCCGAGUCGAGUCCACCCGCCUUCUCUCUGCCCGCGCCGUGCUCUCGGCCGUCGCCGAAUCCCUCAAGCCAUCCGCGCAGCUGAAGGCCCAGGAUGGCGGCAACCUCGCCAACGACCCGACCGUCGCGCGCGAGGCCGUUCUCGCUGGUUUGGUCGCCGCUGCUGGGAGCUUCACGAAGCCCGAUUACGACGAGGACCAGGUCGUUACAUUGAGUUUCGGAAGGAAGAAGGCGGCACCGCAGUCCAACGGCGCCGUGUCGCUGGGGAGCAAGACUGCCACUGCGCCCCCCGUUUCAGCGCCCCCCGCUGGCGUGGGCUUCGUCGACUUUAGCGAUGAUCUCGAUAUGGACGACGACGACGACCUCAUCGACGAGGAUACCCUUCUUACAGAUGCGGAUCUCUCGCGUCCCCUCAACAUCCCCCCCGAAUGUGCCCCCAAAGCCGGAAAGCGCCGCCGCGCUUGCAAGGACUGUACCUGCGGCCUCGCCGAGCGCAUAGCCGCUGAGGACGCCGCCGCCCGUGCUUCCGCCGACAAGGCCCUCGAGGCCGUCAAGCUUGGCGCCGACGACCUCGCCGAGGUUGACUUCACCGUCCAGGGCAAGGUCGGCUCUUGCGGCAACUGCGCCCUCGGCGACGCCUUUCGCUGCGACGGCUGCCCCUACAUCGGACUGCCGCCCUUCAAGCCCGGCGAGGAGGUGCGCAUCCUCAACAACGAUAUCCAGCUGUAGAGGACAAGGGUGUGCUAUCCACCCUCUCCUUCUUUUUUUCUACUUCAUCAUUUUGGACAGAAACUCGGAUACUGGCUGGCGUUCAUUAUCAUGGUAUGGGGCGGGGGAAAGCCUGGAACACACACACUCACACACAUAUAACAUAUAUCUGUCGGCUCAUGCAUUUCACGAGGGAUCGGGCAGCGAAGCCAAACUGGAACGAGAAAAGGCGCUUGCUUCACUUUUGAGACAAAACAGGUGUUUCGGCGUAUGAGAGGGGGACGACACACACACAGAGAGAGAGAGAGAGAGAGAGAGAGAGAGGGAGAGGAAAGAAAAGGAGACGAUUACUGAUUGAAGCAUGGGAAUUAAUAUGAGAUCAUAGGACGACGCCAGUCAUCAGCAACGGGACUAGGUUGUGCCAUUAUAUAUGCCUCGUGGUAUGAAAAUCAUUCGGGGUUGGGCCGUAAUUCAAAUGGAAAUUUUGAUCACUUUCUC